UCCAUUUUCGUUCGGGUUGAUUGCGUGUAAAUAUUUGUGCCGUGCGGUUAGAAAUUUAUAGUUUUAUUUGUGGUUUUGAUUCUAAUCCGUGCUGGCGUACUAAAACUUUCAGCCGGGUUCGUUCUAGUUGUGGCAAGUGCAUUAGCAAUUCCGGUACAGCUUUCGCACAUCUGGUUCGAUUUAGUGUGUGAGGACAAAAUAUGUGAUGCAAAGACCGCACUCUCAAUUCAAAUGCAGUUUUUCCCCGGAAACCCUUGUGCUGCUCAAUGUAGAAGAUAUUUGAAACGACGUUUGAGUGAUCAGAUUUUUAAUUUAUCAGAUUUUGAGCUAGUGCUAGACAAUUCCGAUAAAUUUAGGAGGCGAUUUUCAAUCUAGUCUUUUCGAUGUAGUCCACGUGCUUGUGUGGUGGUUUGCUGGUGGAGCAUGCACAAUUGCUGUCCGGGUAGUUUGAGCGCGAAACAACCCACUAAUAAUCAUACGAGAAUUCGAGCAGAAGAUUUUCAGCCAAAAUGAUGCACGUUUUCUUUCCUUUGACAGCAUCGCUGUGCCGUGUUUGAUUAGCAUUAGAGAGUGUGCGGAAAGUGGACGAGCUUCGUCACGAUAAGAAGUGGGUGCGUGCGCUGUCGCAAAGAUGGUGAUGUUUUGUACCUUAGGUGGCCGAUGGGAGUGCUUCAACAAAGCACUGCAAUUGCAAGGAAAGUAAUCGUACUCCGGUUCAAAUCGGUGAUUCGAUGUGUGUGUAUAAUGGCUAGCAGCAAGUGGUGCAGUGGUGUUAUCGCACGAGCGCUCUCGUUUCCUUGAACCCGAUUCGGUGGUUAAAAAACAACUGUGCUCUAAAAUCGUAAGGCGUGGGCGCGGGGUGGGGUGCAAAUAAAAUCCCCUUCGGAAAACAUAACACUUCCAGAGAAGCAGACCCUCCAAAGCAUGGUUUCCAGCAGUCGCUGUCGAACGGUUCCGAGCGUUCCGAUCCACCGCGUUGGAAGUGAAUCCAUCCGGUCUGUGGACAGCGUGAUGCCCAAGGACGAGAUUGGUGGACUGAACGGUGCAAAGGGCGCUUCGCUGGUCGCCAACAUCGGAAGUUAAUGCAUAGAUAAUACCAUCACAUCAUUCUGCUUGCUGCUGCAAUACUGCCUAGCUGCUAAACUUCAACUACUGCCCUGCAGCGGGAAACAGAACGACCCAUCAUCUGCUGCACACUGGCGCGCAUCCCGCUUGAUACCCGCUGUUAACGUUUGCAUUCCGCACUGUUCGACGGUGUAGUAGCAGUGGUGGCCAAAUGAGUGUUCGACAGGGUGUAAAUUUGGCUGCAAUUGUUAAAUGUGUAGUGAUCGACAGGAUCGCAUUGGAUGCAGUGUAGUGUGGUGCAGCCGUACCCCACCGAAACCGCUGACCAAGGUGUUAUUGGCCCUGUUCGUGAGGAGAGCCGGUGGCAUAUACAGCAACCUUUUGGCCAAUGCAACCAACUCGAUCGGCGGUUGUAUUUCGGUGUUUAAUUCACCGGCCCGUUCUGUUCCUUUCUUUUGGAGUGGUUAAUUUGGAUUGUUUGCUUUAAGCGCCUCAUUUCCGUAUCCCAUUGGUUGUUUGAGUUUGCCGAAAAAUUUAGUUACAGUUUACAAUUUAUUAUUGCAUUGCGUCGUUGUAAUUUAAAAACUGUGCGUGUGUGUGUAUGUGUGUACUGAAUCAAGCCACCAUAAUCAACACACGCCGUUUUGAUUUGGUUAUGCGCGGAUUGAGCCAUUUCUUUUGCCAUUAGCACACAACACGUAGCAUUUGUUCAUUAUUUGUGCUCGCAAUUGUUUUAAGUUUGUGUUUGGAUGGGUAGAAACUCCCUCAGAAUGGAUGAGAAGGAAGUGAACUUUUUGCCGAAACCGAAGAUACCGAAGGUGGGAUGCUUCCGUGCGGUCUGUGAUCGCAUCCCAGCCCGGUUGGUGCUGUACUUCCUGUCCUGGUCCGGGUUUCUGGUAUCGUUUGUAAUGCGCAACGAUAUCAACUUUGCCCUGGUGGCGAUGGUGCAGGAUCCGAGCGCGAACGCAACCGGCAGCGAUCACUGUAACACGCUCGUGAACGAUAUGCCCUCCCUGGAGGAGGGCGACAACUACAACUACACGCUGUCGGUGGCCAACGCUACCACCACCGUGCUGCUGGACGGGCCCGCGUCCAUCGACGACAUCAAGUUUGACUGGGACUCGACCGUGCAGGCCGUGAUCAAAUCGUCCUUCUACUGGUGCUACGUACUGUCGCAGGUGGUCGGAGGCGUUGCUACCCAGUACUUCGGCACGAAGAAUGUGUUCGGAUGGUCCCAGUUUCUGACGGCGGCCUGCAGCUUGCUGAUACCGCACGCGGCCGAUCUGCACUACGGUGCGGUGAUUCUGCUGCGCUCGGUGCAAGGCUUCGCCAGCGGGCUCACCUGGCCAGCCAUGUACGCGAUCGUGGGCUACUGGAUACCGCCGGUCGAGCGGAGCCGCUUCAUGAGCAGCUUCCAGGGCUUCAGCAUCGGCAUCGGGCUGACGUACCCGCUGUGCGGGUUCAUCAUUGCUCACUUCGGGUGGCGCCAUGUGUUCUACACGACCGGCACGAUCGGCAUGGUGUGGUGCGUAUUCUGGUACCUGCUGGCGUACAACACACCGCAGGAGCAUCCGCGCAUCACGCCCGAGGAGCUGGAGUACAUCGAGCUGAACGUCAGCGAGGACAUUAAGAAUGGGCAGGGAAUGCGGGUGCCGUGGCGCCGCAUCUUCACCUCGAUGCCGGUAUGGGCCAUCGGGCUGACCACGUUCGGGCGCAUCUGGGUGCACUACACGUUCAUCAUGUCCGGGCCGGAGUACAUGCAGAAGAUCUUCUGCUUCGACAUCCAGCAGAACGGACUGCUGUCCGGUGCGCCAUUCCUCUGCUCCUAUCUGUCCUCCGUGCUGUUCUGCUACGUGGCGGAUCUGCUGAUGGACAACAAAACGCUGACGCUCACCAACGUACGCAAGCUGUUCACCGCCCUGUCCCAGAUCGUGCCCGGCGUGUUGGUGCUGCUGGUCGGGUACCUCGGCUAUCAGAUCGUGACGGUACUGAUACUGUGGUUCAUCGCAGUCACCUUCAUCACGGCGUCCUACGCCGGCGCAAUGGCCAACAUCGUCGAUAUUGCCCCGAACCUGGCCGGACCUGUGCUGGCUUUUGCUCAGACCAUUCACAUGACCGCUUCCUUCCUACAGCCGCUCGUGACCGGCUUCAUGGUGACUGAUUCGCAAAACAUCAACCAAUGGCUGCACGUGUUUGGCGUGUCGUCGGUGGUGGCCAUCAGUACGUACCUUAUUUACCAGGUGUUUGGCACGGCCGAGAUACAGUCGUGGAACUAUCCGGUGCCCGAUCCGGAGGUAACGUCCUCAGACGAUUCGGCUGUCAUCGCCAACCAGCCAAUGAUAAAGGUGGAACCAGGACUUAAGUUUGACGACGACGAGGACGAUGACGAUUGAGGAACCAGCCUGCACGCGGUCGCGGCGCAAUAGGAUAGGAAUAUCGUUCUUUCUGUGGCACUUCUGUGACAACAAUUAUUAACACUUAACGUUUGUAGCCAAGUUACUUGUAUGGCAAAGUGAAGUAGUGAAGGAGGUGCAACAAAAAUUCCACUUAAAAUGUAAUUUAACUAGAAUUGGUACUCGGUGCGGGCGGGUGGGCGGGAGAAGUGUGUACCAUGCUGGAAGCAGAGAAACAUGUGAUUAAUUGAAUAAGCGACGAAGCGAAAGGAUAAGAAAUCAACGUUGAACAGAUGGGUGUGAAAUGAAACAAGAAAUCAGGGAAAACAUAGAAUGUGGCACUUGUACGUGUUCACGUGUAUGUGUGUGGAUGUUGAUGCAAAAGCAAGCAUCUCUCUGUAUGCAGGAAUGUACAUGAAAGCGUUAUCCAGAGGAUACUUGGAUGUAGUAAAACACACACAUACAUACACAAGAAAGUUAAAUCUGGAAACCAAAAACAGAUUGGUUAAUCGUUAACAUAGAUGCAUAAUGAAGCGGGGGUGCGUACAAUUAUAUCCUCAAUUUGAUAUAGAAUGAUGAAUGAUUCGAUACAAAAAUGAAGGUAAAUUAAGGGAUAAAAAUUUUAACGUCCGUUUAGAAUAUAACAUGCAAGCUGGAAAGGGAAACAAAUGUCAAAAACACGGACACACACCACACCACACACUCCGGCUAUAUGAAAUCGGUACACUCUCCUAAAGGGAGAUUCGUUUCUUACAUUGCCAUUUGACGUAAUUUCAAAGGUGUUUUUGUGUUGUUUUGUUUUGUUUCGUGUACGAUUAAGUUGGACCCGUAUUGUUGUUUUCUUCUUUUAUGUGAGUUAGUUUAAUGGUCAGUUUUCUCUACUUCGAUUGCGCAUCGUUUGUUUCGGUUAGGCUUAGUAUAUUCUUUUUUCAGCAACCAGACAGCAUUAUACAAUACUUUAGUUUAGUUUAGCGGUGUGUACACAUAUAACGGACAUAUUAUGGGCGUAAACAUUUAUAAAAAUUAGGAUUAAUCGUUUAGAAUUGUUAUCACACCCGCUGGGCCAUGCAAUCGUCGUCUUAUUGUUGCAAUCGUUGCACGGACAAUAAGCACCUAUGCGGUUCCAUUAAAUCGAAGCCAAUUGUGGGAAAACGAAAAAAAAACAAACAAACAAAUCGCAUCUACAUAUAUAUAAACUUUUUCAAUAUCUGGCGCUCUCCUUUCCCUCUCCCGGGAUUAACUCUGUUAAACUACACGUGCCUAUAUGAAAAACGAAAAAAAAGUGGAAUUUCUUUCGUUGCAGAAACACACUGCAAAGGAUACUUUUCAUCCCGAAUAGAAAGGUUCUUCGAUUUCCAUAGAGAGGGAGUGAAUGAUAAUAGACUAUAUAACGAAAAACCAACAGUGAGGCAAGAACCCUCCUAAUGCGCAUCCAUUGAACUUUCCGUGCAAAAUUUAAGAAUCUUACAAAUAGCGGCCCGAGCGUAGUAAGCGUUGGAAUGUAACCAUUCUGCCGUUUCUGUUUAUGACUUACCACCAACCAUACCAACACAAUGCAACACUGAAGAACGCGUUAUAUUCGUGUUAGUGUGCGUAGAGCAGGGCAAAUACUUACCGACGAUUGUUCAUUGGUGGUACGGUGGUGUGUGUGGGUAUGUGUUGCUGAUGCUGUUGGUACCAUUUGUGAUCUCAGUCGAAUGUUUCAAGUUUCAACCACUAAAUGGGGCAAACACACACACACACACACGCAUCCUUCGGAACGUCUUACUACCAUUACCUAACUUACCUUAUGAAUAAUAGCAAUAGUUUAGAGUUAUUGAAUCAUUGUCAUUGAAUGGAAUCCCAUUUACCCACAAACUGUAUGAACGAAACAUUGUAGAAACGCCGACCAGGCUAGAGUGGUACACGAAAUUCAAACAUACAAACAAACAAACAUAGAAAAAAUAUAUAUCGAACCAAUCAA